UUUACGUAGCAGCAUAUGCGGCGACACCAAUUUCCCACUUGCAAAUUUUCUGAGCCAAUACAUCAACAGGCCCUCCACGUGGCGCAAUCUCAGUGGCUCUGUUCCACUCCGCCGAACUAUACAAAUUUCGCCAUCAAAUCUCAAUCAUUCCUUUUCCGUCAUCAAAUCGGAAACCAUUUUGCUCGCUAUCAUUUUCUUUGGGUUCUUUUCGUUGAUUUAUAUGUUCGUUUUUGGCUUAGAUUUGGGAAUUCGGUCUGUAGAAUGAAUGAGUACAAUAUUGAUUCGAUCGACGAUGAUUACUGGACGGAUUUGAUCGAUUGUAGCAGCUUGUUGGAUCACAUUUCUCCGCCGCUUGAUGUUCGUUGGAAUCCUCAGUUGCAAUCGCAAAAUGUUUGUCUGACAGUGGAUGCCUCACGUAGUGGAGCUACAUCUCAUGAAUGUCCCGAAAAAGAAUGUCUAGGAAAGAGGGGACAACAUUGUGGCGGAGUAGACAAAAAAGCAUGCCGGGAAAGAAAGAGGAGAGAAAAAUUGAAUGAGAAGUUCUCACAAUUAGCUGCUGCAUUGGAGCCUGGGAGACCUGUAAAAACCGACAAAUUGGCUAUACUCGGCGACGCCAUCAAAAUGCUAAACCAGCUGAAUAAUGAAUCUCGAGAGUAUACAGAGAUGAAUGAAAGGCUUUUGGAAGAGAUUAAGAAUUUAAAGGCUGAGAAGAAUGAACUUCGCGAAGAGAAGCAGACGCUAAAGGCGGAAAAAGAAAGAAUUGAGCAACAGCUGAAAAUCUUGAAUAUUCCUCCGAUUGGCUUCAUGCCAACACCUCCGCCUAUAUAUCCUGCCGAGAUUAACAAGGUGCCAAUGUUUCCUAACUACGGAUUUGUCCCAAUGUGGCCAUAUUUUCCGUCUACUGCUGGCGAUACUUCUCAAGAUCACGAGCUCUGGCCUCCGGCUGCUUGAUGGAUGCACAAAGUCAUCGAUUCUUGAAGGAGAUUUAAUGUGGAUUUUAACAAGUGUAGUAUCAUCAUCACCCAUGAUGUCUGUGAAUAUGGUUUAAUUUUAAUUGCUGGUUGAUGUAAUCUUGAUUUAGUUUUUAUUGUUUGCCGUCUUUGAAAGACUUCGGUGUUGGGUAUAUGGAAGAAUUUUAAGAGAGGUAGGCAACUAAACGUUGCCCUCCCGACAUAUAAAUGGUUACUUUUUAGGUUUAUUUUGAUUUUUGUUAUCGUUUCUCAUA